AGGCGACGUCACUCGCUCCCGACUUCCACCUUGUCAUGGACAAGGUCGCUUUGAACCUUCCAUGGUUGCGCGCCUCUCUGGCAGAGACAGCGAAGGUGGACGAGAUAUGUAGAAGACUGCUUGGUAUUAGUGAGCGCGUUUAUGGCCCUGGUAAGAAAGACCACUCUCGAGAUAUCCGAUUGCACAUAAUGCGAAAUGACUUCAUGUUGGAGUCCACGGUCGGCUCAAGCGGCUUCGCAGGACGGCAGAUCGAGCUCAACAUGAUAGCAGCGUCUUUUUCCACACAUUGUGCAGACCUGACAGAAGUGCACAGAUACGCUUUGGUGAAGUACAUUCCGCGACUGAGACCAGACUGUGAUGCGCAGGAUGUACACGAGGCAUUGCAGCAGGCUUUACCUAGGAGCCCCAAUACAGAUGGCAUUGCAGCAGCGCUUGCCCAAGCACAGCGAGUUUACGCAAACAGAUGGAAGCCGACAGGCAAGCCGCGGGUGGUAUUAUUCAUAAGCAGUGAGAAGGAAAACAAUGAGUUGGACCAUCGCAAGCUGGAAAUCAGUUUGUUCAAAAACCACAAAGUGCUGACCGUACGGCGAAGCUUAGCAGCCUUAAGCGCUCAGUGUUCCACGUUGCUGGCGCCUCUGGAGCCAGCGGGCUUCGAUGGCGCCGCUGCCGCUGAUGGCAGUCGAGGGCCGCAGGCAUUGUUAGUUGACGGCCACGAGGUUGCCGUAGCAUAUUUCCGUGAGGGUUAUUGGCCAGGACAGUUUUGUCCAGCAGAGGAAUGCUGGACCGCGCGCGAGACCAUCGAGAUCUCAGAGGCUGUUAAAUGCCCUUCAGCACCGGCGCAGUUGGCGGGCAUGAAGAAGGUGCAGCAGUUAUUGUCCCAGGCGCACGAACUGCGGCGCUUCGCGCCAGAUGGCGUCGGCCAGCGUCUGCGGCGCUGCUUCGCUCGGCAGGAGGACCCCAGCGCCGAGUCCGAGGAGGCCAAGCAAGCGGUUCGGGCUGCCAAGGACGACCCAGCAAGUUGGGUCAUGAAGCCUCAGGUUGAGGGGUCCGGGGACCUCCUCUUCGGCGUUGACAUACCGAAGACCCUCGGAGCCAAAAGCAGGGACGAGCUCGCGGAGUUCAUCCUCAUGGAGAGGAUCUCGCCCCCCGUGGUCCCCUCCGCCGUGCUCCGCGCGGAGCCCUCCAGGCGCGCCGAGCCCGUGGUGCGACGCUCCGUGUCCGAGCUGGGCAUCUUCGGCGCCUUCCUGGCCGACGGCACCGAGGUGCUUCAAAAUGUGGCGCUGGGCCCCCUGUUGCGAUCCAAGGCCAAGGACACGAGCCAGGGGGGCGUCUUUGUUGGCAACGCCGUGGUCGAUGUACCGCUGCUGGUGCCGGCCCAACGCUUCUGGUCGCAGGUGGAGCGUUGCAUUUGAUGGCCAGGUUUCUGAUGAGCGGUACGUUCUGCAGGCACGCGAUUGGUACUAGCGGCAAGGCGUCCACGCCCUGAGCCCGAAGCCCAACGCUUUGCGGUGGCACUCGCAGCUCGGCGUGAUGUGCCCGCGGCGGCCAUCCCGUGGUGGCCAGCCUGUCUUGUUGCAAUUAUCUGCAGCAACGGAGAAGAGCGUGCGCUAAACAGGGCCAGAGGGGCUGGUCAGUCUGAGAAGCUUGCAUCACAUGUGUCUGGCCAGACGGACAAGCGUGUGUGAGAGAGAG